GUUUCCCAAUCCAAACAGUCACAUCCUCCGACCUCCGCAACCCACGUCGCGGUGCCCGUCUCCUCCCCGCGCGCCAUGGCAGCUCUCCACCACCUCGUCCUCCCGCCUCGGCUCCUCUCCGGCCACGGACCCCCUCCCGUCCUCCGCUUCUCCAGGAGGCCGAGGCCCCUCCUCCACCUGCUCCCGCGCGCGGCCGCCGCAGCCACAAGGGCAUCGGCGGCAGCGGCGACGGCGGUGUCCGCGCCCUCGGACGCCGCGCUGCAGAACUUCCGUCGCUGGCUCUCUUCCCAGGGUGCAGACACGGGCUCGGUGGCUCCGGCGGUCGUGCCGGAGGGCCUCGGCCUCGUGGCGGCGCGGGACCUGCCCCGCGGCGAGGUCGUCGCCGAGGUGCCCAAGAAGCUCUGGUUGGACGCGGACGCCGUCGCCGCCUCCGACCUCGGCCGCGUCUGCGGCAGCGCCGGGGACCUCCGCCCGUGGGUCUCCGUCUCGCUGCUCAUCCUCAGGGAGGCUGCGCGCGGAGGGGACUCGCUGUGGGCGCCCUACCUCGCCAUCCUCCCGCGCCAGACCGACUCCACCAUCUUCUGGUCAGAAGAAGAGCUCUUGGAGAUACAAGGAACACAAUUGCUGAGCACAACGACGGGUGUGAAAGAGUACGUGCAAAGCGAAUUCGAUAAUGUUGAAGCUGAGAUCAUAAACGCGAAUAAAGACCUUUUCCCUGGUACUAUAACAUUUGAUGAUUUUCUAUGGGCAUUCGGAGUACUAAGAUCAAGGGUUUUCCCUGAGCUCCGUGGAGAUAAGCUUGCCCUCAUACCAUUUGCUGAUCUGAUAAAUCACAAUGGUGAUAUUACCUCAAAAGAAUCCUGUUGGGAGAUCAAAGGAAAGGGCUUUUUAGGCAGGGAUACUGUGUUCUCUUUGCGAACGCCAAUGGAGGUUAAAUCUGGAGAACAGAUAUAUGUUCAGUAUGACCUGGACAAGAGUAAUGCUGAAUUGGCACUUGACUAUGGGUUCACUGAAGAAAACUCGUCAAGGGACUCGUAUACUCUGACGCUGGAGAUCUCUGAAUCUGAUCCCUUCUAUGAAGACAAACUUGACAUUGCAGAGCUAAACGGAAUGGGGGAGACCGCAUACUUCGAUGUCGUCCUCGGUGAAUCUCUUCCUCCUCAAAUGAUUACGUACCUACGAUUACUUUGUCUUGGGGGAACAGACGCAUUUCUCUUGGAAGCCCUCUUUAGAAAUAAAGUUUGGGAGCACCUUGAACUGCCUGUGAGCCGUGACAACGAGGAAUCAAUAUGCCAAGUCAUCCAGAAUGCCUGCAAAUCUGCUCUUGCUGCUUACCACACCACCAUAGAAGAGGAUGAAGAGCUAUUGGAGAGAGAAGAUCUGCAAUCAAGACAGCAAAUUGCCAUUGAAGUGAGAGUGGGUGAAAAGAAAGUACUGGAGCAAAUCAAUGAUAUUUUCAAGGAGAGGGAGCAAGAAUUAGAUGACCUUGAGUACUACCAGGAAAGGAGGCUCAAGGAUCUUGGUUUUAUUGGUGACAAUGGUGACAUUAUUUUCUGGGAGUCCUAGGGACAGAUUGUACCAUCCUAUUUUUGCAACACCAGACUAAUUUGAAAAGAAAAGAAAAAGAUGGGUUCACACAUUA